AGGAGAACAGCGAACACACGACGGCCGCGCUCGCAGCCGUGGCUCUGGACGCCCGGCAAAACUCUCUUUCGCCAUCUCCUCCCACUGCUACGCCCGUUAUUUCCACGCUCGCUUCUUUGUGUCGACCAAGCGUCGACCCUCCACUCUCCUGUCGGCCGGGUCCUCUGCUGGUCCAUCAGCCGGCCUCUUCCUUUCUUUCCACGCCGUUGCGCUUGUCGAUCUCUGUCCACCGAGCAAGCCAUUCGGGGCGCUCCCGUGUUUGGAGUUGCCUCCAAAGCCAACAGCCCACGCCCGCGAGCACUAAACACACACCCAGCUCAGCCCCAUUCCCUCUCCUCCUCCAGUCGACCUCGAGUGUCCCUUUCAGCGCCGCGCCCGGUAGAAACGAGAACCUCGCCCAAUUACGCUCGAGGCGACCCGUCAGACUCCAAUUCUCGCCUUUGCACACCGUCGUCGCUUUCGGCAUCACUGUGGACGCUUUCGCAUGGUGUCCCCACCCAGAAAAGGAAUGGAAACGAGGGUCAUUGCGGUAGCGGACCUGUAUGCCUUCGGCUGCUGAAGAUCACUGCCAUCCCGGAACGACGCCGCCUUCACCACAACAUCCUCCUCCACCUCCGCCUGCCGACAAUCCUGCUGUAUCUUCGGACUGGAGUGCCAGCACCGCCGUAUCAGCGCAGGGAGGCCGCGCCAGGCCAUUCACCAUGCGCAUAGGCAUUCGCGUGCAACUGGGCCUGCUGGUGCUUUUCGCCGCGCUCAUCGGCCUCGCGGUCGUGACUUUGGCAACAUGGGUAAGGCUCAAUCACUUCCUCUCUUCAUGGCUCACAUCCCGUUUGUUACUGUCGUCAACAUUGUCGUGAGUUUUUAUAAGGAACGAGUGUAGAUAUACAACCUCGCACGUCCUCACAGUUUCGAUUUCGUACAGGACGGAGAGCUAACUGGAAUCGCGAUUUCGCCUCUAGUUCACGAAUUAUGACUUCGUGAUUCAGAUCAGGUCCUCGCGCCUUAGCCUGACCGCAUCCCUCAAGGCGGCCCAGAUCGGCACCGCCGUAUCACUGAUCCAGAGCAGCGUCUCGUCCAUCUCUACGCGCAUUCUGAUCCAAAGCGCCAUCAUGCGGUACAACACGCAGGGCAACAACACGGCAGCGAACUGGCAGCGCGCCAUGUCAGAUUUUUCCGCCGCUCUCAACGGCGCUAGCACGCUCGGCAUACUCUUGCAGGCGAAAGUAUUCGCUCGCAGUGACACCGGCACCGGCAACAACACGCUCGUCGAGGUCACCGGUCAAGGUCUCAGCGGUGCGAUUAUGCUACCAUACACGUACCCGAACGGCUCUCCCGUAUAUUUGGGCGAUGACAACAUCACCCAGUACAGCUAUCCACCAAAUCUGUACCCGAAUCUGACGUUCAGCGAGGUCCCCGUCAACGACACGUUCAGCCACUACUAUGCCCACUAUGACGGCUUGACCCUCGACUGGAAGAGCCAACUGAUGAUCGGUCCUUGGGCGCUCAACGAGAGCUACGCGCUAGCCUCCUUAACCCUUCCUGUUAUCAACAACACGUCGUCGCCAGACGACGUCUUGGCCUGGAUGACCGUAGUCGUUGAUUCUCGCAUGAUCACGGAUCCACUUUCCGCCGACGAAGGACUAGACACGACAGGCGUCGCGUUACUCGUGGGACCUGCGAAUGCCACGAACAGGCUUCCGAACGGAGUGCUGAACGCAGGAGACGACGCACCCAACGACGUGCGUGUUCACUACGUGGUACCUCCGAACAACACUCUGCAUCGCCAUAACCCCGCCGAGGUGGAUCCGUCGACGUACAACUUCAGCUACAACGAUUAUCCUGCUGUGAAGGCGGCUUGGACGAUGCCGCCAGCCAAAGCCAAUGGCGCCGGCGCCAUGCUGUCGACGCACAACGAAAAUGGAUUUUCGAUCGGUGUAGGCUAUGCUCAGGUGCCGGCUGAUGGGCUAGUCAAUUGGCUUCUUCUCGUCGAGCAGGCCCACGAGGAAGUGUACCAGCCAAUCACUCACCUGCGCAACGUUCUUCUCGCGUGCGUAUUUGGCACGGCCGGCUUCGUGGCACUCAUGGUCAUGCCAAUCGCACACUACGGCUCCGCACCUAUCCGACGGCUGCGCGACGCGACUAGGAACUCGGUUGCCCCACCAGGCUAUCUCGAUGACAGCGACCGACUGGUCUCUCCUGGGGACGGGCCAUCUGACGAUAAUGAACUCGCACGCAAGGAGGGCUUCUUUGCUGCCGUCUCGCGCUGGAGGAACGGCACGCAGUCAUCCACCACCAAGGAAGAAGAGCGGCGGAGGCGCCAGUUUAAGAUUCCAGCUAAAGUCAAGGAUAGAAAACAUUUCAUUCACGACGAGCUGACGGACCUGACAAAAACAUUCAACGAGAUGUCGGAUGAGCUGAUGGUCAACUACGAACGGUUGGAGGAGCGCGUGCAGCAACGCACGAUCGAGCUCGAGGAGAGCAAGCAGGCGGCGGAGGCUGCCAACGAGGCCAAGACGCUGUUCGUAGCCAACAUAUCGCACGAGCUGAAGACGCCGCUAAAUGGCAUCCUCGGUAUCGCACAAACGUCACAGGUUGAGACGAGCCUAGCGGUGCUGAAGCGUGACAUGCGCAUGAUUUACAACCAGGGCGAUCUGCUGACCAAGCUGAUCCAGGACCUGCUCCUGUUUAGCAAGAACCAGGUCGACCAUUCGAUCGGUCUUGAAGAAUGCGAGUUUCGCGUCCGCGACAUCACGUCCCAGGUCCUCUCCACGUUCCACCUUCAAGCACACGACGGCGGCAUUAACCUUGCGCUCGAUUACGAGGGUCCUCACGACUCGCCAACUGCGGAGAGUAGCGGCGUGGGCGAUCGCAAGGAGUACGGUCCGUUUGGUACGGGCAGAGUGAAGGACAUGGUGCUCUGGGGCGACCGGACGCGCCUUCUCCAGGUCAUUAACAACCUAACGUCAAAUGCGCUCAAGUUCACGCCAAUGGGUGGCACCGUGCGCAUUGUUGUGCGUUGCAUUGGCGAUGACGGAAUGCACGAUAUGAGCCGCAAAACUUCGGUCAGAUCGAAGCAGAACUCAAUCUCAAAGGUGUCGAUAAGCAAGAACUCGGGCCGCAACGCGCGCCCCUUAAUCAACUUUCCGUCAAAUGUGUCGGAGAAGUCGUCGGAGAACGCUUCGUCUAGCAAGAUCAACACCGCGAUCGAAAUCAAUGCGCUAGACAGGCACACGCCGACCAGGGAUCGUACAUCUUCGCCUCCAUUAGGCUCACGCGAGAUGCUGUUCGAAUGGGAGGUGCAGGACACAGGGCCAGGCAUGCCGCUCCACGUCCAGGAAAAGGUGUUCGAGCCAUUCUUCCAGGGCGAUAUGGCACUCAGCAAGAAGUUCCAAGGCACAGGCCUGGGGCUUAGCAUCUGCGCCCAGCUGGCCAAGCUUAUGGGCGGGUCGAUGCUGCUUCGGUCAGAGGAAGGCAAGGGUAGCACAUUCACGCUGCGCAUACCGCUUAAGCACAUAGGCAGCCGUGCAGACUCAACGGCCUCGUCGCAAGGCACCAAUUCUGUUCGGUACAACUCUCCCCGCAACUCCAUCUCGGGCGACGUCACUGGUCACGACGCUCGGGGUGAUGGCAUCGGCCCGCUCGAGACGCGCAGCACCCGCUCGCUGUCCCAAUCAUCGCGAAUAUACGAAAGCAGCACCAAAGCCGCACCUUUCACGCUGUCCGGCUCCAGCUCGCCUCCCGCUGCAAGCAAGUCGCCCGUGGCGGGUAGGUCGGCUAACGCCGUAAGCGGUGCCGACAAGACCACUGAUCCCAACCAAAAUCCAGAGAGUCCUGGUGAGGACGCGCGUUCGCUCAAGGUGCUCGUCGCUGAGGAUAACAAGACAAAUCAAAUUGUGGUGACGCGGUUGCUCAAGAUGGAGAAGAUUACCGAUGUGACGGUCGCUGAGGAUGGCGAUCUGGCCCAAAGCAUGGUCAUCGAGUCCAUGUCGCGAGGCGACAAUUUCGACCUCAUCUUCAUGGACGUUCAAAUGCCGAAUAUGGAUGGGCUUGAGGCCACGAGGCUCAUUCGCCAGGCAGGAUACAAAGGGCCAAUCGUGGCGCUCUCAGCCUACUCGGACGAGGCUAACGUCAAAAGCUGCCACGAAGCAGGCAUGGAUGACUUUGUCUCGAAGCCAAUUCAGCUGCCCCGUCUAAAGCUUGUCCUUAAGACGUUCUGCCCCACCGAGUACAUGUGAUUCGACAGGCGCAUAACACAACCACAAUGACUGCGCCCAUCAAUGAUGGCACACGUUCAAAGCACCACUGCUUUUCGAGCAUGUCGAGCACGUCCCUCCAUUUUUCUGUAUUCAAAUUCGUACGGCACACGCUGGCAUAACGAUUGCUAUGCGUCGGCUCUUGACGUUACGAGAUACCCUUACGUCUUCAUCUAAUACUUCUCUUGCUUUUCUGCGAAUAUGUGGGAAUCAUUUUGUUGUGGGGAAAGAAACAAAAAGCAUUUGAGCGACGGCGUUAUCUUUCUUCACCUAUCUUACUGGUUUUUUUUUUUUUUUUUUUUUU